AUGUCGUUGCAACCCAAUAUGAACAGUCUGCUACACAACAUGCAUGCACAGAUUCAGGUUUUGACAAAUCAGCUCGCCAAGGUUCAGGCUGCCCCAGCAGCGGAACCUACGGUUGACCAAAAGUUCAACAAGAAAGUUGAGAUCAUCACUGACCCUGGCGCUUUUGAAGGAGAUAGGGCUCAAUUUGCCGAAUGGUGGAUCAAGCUCCAGAUUUGGAUCAAGGCAAAUUGGGGCACAUUUGCCGAUGCUUUUGAGAUAGCAACCGCUGAGUGCUACACGGUGGGUGUGUGGCCUACCUGGGACAAUCUCAAGGGAAACAUAAGGAUGGAUGAUUAUGUUACCUGGUUCCUGGCCCUCUCCAUCCAAGGAGGGCUUGGUAAUGAACACGCAGUAGAACUGCUGGAACGCAAUGUGAACCCCCGCAUUGCCGAACAGAUCUAUCUGCAGGACACCCAAAGCAACAACCUAGCCCUGGCGGCUGAGGAAGUUCGCCGAGUUGCUAGAGCCAUGGAGCUCUAUGUGAUGCAUCAAGGUGGCAGGCCCACCACCAAAAACAACCAAUCCAGAGGCACCCCGGGUCAUCAAACCACCAUAAUCACUCUCACGGGUUCAAGCUGUUCGGGCUGCAGCCAGGACAGGGUGCUCCUAUGGAUAUCGGCGCCAUCCAAGGCAGACAGAUGCGCAGAUUCAAGGGCAACUGUUACAACUGUGGCCAAGAAGGACACAUGGCGCCAGGCAUGCCAAUUAGAAACUGAAAAGCCGGACAAUCAGCUCAAUACUCUGGCUGGUUGUUUGUACGACAAAAUCCGGGCUUUCUUCUAUGACCAGCAGGUCAACAAAAUGAAAGCUCAGGGAAAAGAGUUCAGAGCUUAG